CUGUGACGUACUUAAUACUUAAAAAUGUUCUAAAGGUACUGCGGUGAUGAUAAAAUUAAAUACUGAAAAAUUGUAAUACUUUGAUCAUCGAAACAGUAAACGUUCUUGACCUUCGUUUUCUCUGUAUAAUUCGGUCAGUUUGCUAUUGUUUACUGACGAUAGAAUUUUUUACAAAUUGUUUCACGAUGAAUACCAGCAAAAAGAUCAAUGUAAAUUUUUCGUCGCUGGUAGGUUUAAAAGCUGAACUUUUAAGGAAACAGACAGAAGUAAAUGAGGCAAAGUUAAGGUCUCAAACGAGUCAUGCUGUACCAAAGAUUAAGAAAAAACUGAAAAAAAGUAAAGAAAAGGAUACCAAAGAGUCUUCGGAUAAAUCUGAAUAUAUCGAAGAUGUUAGUACCCAUAAAAAAUCUAAGCUAAUGCUAGAAGCAAAAUCAAGAUUAUAUGAACGAUUAAAAAAAUCAAAACACAAUAAUGAAAAUUUCCUUGUCGAUUUUAUGAAUAAAUCAGACGAUUCUGAUGGAGAAUCAUUGCCGAAAGAUCAAGAAGAUGAUGUGACAUUAGAGAAUGAGGAUGAUGCGACAUUAGGGAAUGAGGAUGAUUGGGUGGAAUAUGAAGAUUGCUUUGGUCGUACAAGGAAAUGUUUGAUAGAAGACUUACCCCUUAUGCAAGAAAAAGAUAAAUUAAUAAAACAACAAAUUAUAAGCAAGAAAGGCAUUGACGUGAAAACUGAUGCAGAACAGAACUUAAUACAUGAUGAGAAAGAGCCUGAAAUCGAAAUUAUGAGAAGGAAGUGGGAAGAACAAACUGCAAAAUUGGCGGAUAAAGUGAACAUACAUUAUCAGGAUGUCUUAUUUGAUGAAGCUAGAGCUCAUGGUGUUGGUUACUUUGCAUUCUCACAAGAUGAAGAACAAAGAAUUAAGCAACAAGAAAAUUUGAUCAAGUUAAGAAAAGAAACUGAACAAAAACAGAAGGAAAUAAAAGAAUUAAAAGAAUUAAGAGCAAAAAUGGAACAGAAUAGAUUGAAAGCAGCUAGAAUCAGGCAACGAAUUAGAGCUGGGCUGCCAAUAGAAUCGGAAGAAGAACUUGAGGAAAAGGAUAACAAUGAAUCAAAUGUAAAGACAUUGGAGGUAUCUAAUGAAAGUACUACGGAGCAAAAGUCAACUGAAAUUGAAGAAGGUAGCAAUGAAAAGCUGAAUAACAAAGAGGACACAGUAGUAGAAAAAGAAAAUAAAAUAAAAGCUUUAGGAGAACUUUUAGGUAAACGAAAUCAUUGGCACGAAAUGUCACAGGAAGAAUGGGUAGCUAAAUGUAGAAAAAUUAGAGAUAACGAAUUCGGGCCCGCGUAUGAUAAUUUUAAAAGCGCUGGUUAUAUGGGGACUAACUAUUUAAAUUCUGAAAAUACCGACGCAUCUACUAAACUUGAGUUGAACGAAACGAACGUUCAAAAUGAAAUACAAAAUAAUACUGAAACAGAUAUAAAUUCUUACGAUAUACCGCUUCCUCCUACUUUGACAAGAAAUGAUUUUAAUACCGACGAUAAUACAAAUAACAUAAUCGAAGAAAAUGACAGCCAAUUUAAUUGCCCUCAAACGGUCGAUGCGACUCAUUGUUCGUCUAACAGUGCAAGUACCGUUUCUAAUAAUACGCUGCAAAAUCAAACGAACCCGAAUAGAAGUAUAGACGAGGCGAGUAUUGCAGCCGGGCUUCGAUAUUUAAGAGAAAAAUUUGAAGAAAGACGGAAUAUUUAAAAAAAAGAAUGACGCCCUCAUUGUACUGUACUGUACAUAUUUGUAAAUAACAUUUUUAUGCACCUACGCUUAAAAGGAAUACUUUUACCUUCCA